AUGACGGAGGUCAAACAUAUAGCAGUCCCGUGCACAGUGGAUCGAGAGAUCAUGGCGCAUACCGUGAGGGUACUUUAUCAGCACUGGGAAGAACUCCAAUUCAUCGAAAUAGACAUAGUCAUACGCCACCUCGUGGCAGAGGGAAUUAUUGAACAUCAUGAGUUCAAUUAUAUAAUUAAUAACAACAACACUCGCCAUAACAAAAUGCUGCUUCUGGUGAAUAGCCUGAUAUUGGGAAGAGAUGAUGCAUUCCGAUUAUUCUUGAAAUCCCUACGACGGGUAGGACAAGAUCGUCUCGCUACCAUUCUUGGCACUGUAGUCACAUUCAUGCAUUCACAGGAUCGUGGUGGGGAUUGUGCUUUGGUGUGUUUGAAACUGAAAUUUCCUACAUUUAACGCGAUGAACAUGUUCGGGACGCCCAUUUUUGCAAACAUUCGGACAAUGGUGACGCAACAGCAAAAUAGGCAAAGGCACUGGGAGGACAUUGGACAAAAUUUGAGGAUCAAUGGUGCCAUUCUUAGCAGAAUGGACCAAGGGAGCGUGGGGCCACUCCUUACAAUGAGCAAUCUUUUAGAGGAGUGGAUCAACUCUUCAUCUGAAGACCAAUCCACCUUCCGUGAAUCUUACGUCAAAUGGUACCAGCGGAUAACACAGAUUGAGUUAGACACAAUCAUCGAAAUCAUCUGUGAUACGCCAUGAUAAGAUGAACUGAGCGCAAAGUCCACAUCCCUUUCCCUUGAUCCCUCGGAAUGAUUCCAUGAGAAAAGAAGCUCUAUUCUACGACGGAUAUCUGCAUCAGCGUCUAUAGUUCUCCACACUCUACUAUAAGUAAAGCUUUUCUAAGUUCAUCCCAUCAAGGCAAUUUUUUGCGAGAAUUUUCUUCCCAUGAAAAUUUCGCUGCAGCUAAACGUCUAAAUGUGGUAAAAUAGGUAACUGAUAUUCGGCUAUCCGGUAGUUCUUGGGAUAUUGAUUUCAUAAAUUGUUCUACUUCUUAGGUAUCAAUAGAUUCCGUGCGUCCCGUUUCUUUUUAAGCGAAUCAUUUUUUUUGCGUACCUAAGAAACGGAGAGAUAUAAACUUUAAACUCGGAACACAGGUAUCCAGUGAGGCAUAUUUAAAGAAAGAUCAUCCUUUCAUGAUAUAUUUACUGUGGCCAUACUUUUUGGAGAGCUCUCCAAAAAGUG